CGUGGUUGGAUAUAUAUAUUCUGGCAACGUACGUAAAAAAAACAGAGGCACUGUCAUGGUGGAGGCCUCCUUUUGUGUGUGACCUAAAUAGUUAGUCCAGCUUCCUUGGCCAUUUUGUCUGCGAAUCUCUCUGUUAAAUCUCAUCGCAAAUUCCAACAAGUCACCCUCUUUUAUUUGGUUACACGUAUUUUAUUGAUAUCGUUGCCAUUUUAGUAGUCACCCCCACCCUGUUCACUGGCUAAGAACUGGGUAUUGUUCGUUUGUGUAGGGCUAUUCCCACCCUUCCCCGUUAAUCUGCCUACUGCUGAGAGAAAUCGCUCUUUUUCGUUUAUUUUGCUGGAUCUUGAACUAAGUUUAAACACUUUGUAACUUUUUCUUUCAAUAAUCAUCACCUCUGCAGUGUUUCAAAUUGUGUCAUGGCAGUGCAAAGGGGUUACCAGUGUUUUAAGCAUCACUAAAAUGUGGCUCUAUUGAGUGAGGUUUUCAACGUGUUAAACUGUGAUCUUUUACACAUUAGCAAAACAUUUACCAGUUUCAAACAUCAGACAACUGAUCAAAUUUCAACAUUUAUAAAUAAAAUGGGCCCUUGCAAAAACAUUCCUAUGGAUAAGGUGAAUCUGAGACUGAUACUAGUUUCCGGCAAGACUAAGGAAUUCCUGUUCUCUCCUGAGGACUCAGCAUCGGAGAUCGCACAGUUUGUUUUUGAUAAUUGGCCAGAAGAAUGGAAUGAUGAAGGUGUUUCAAGAGCAGAGAUACUUCGAUUGAUAUAUCAAGGGAGAUUUUUACAUGGAAAUGUAACCUUGGGAGCAUUGGGUCUACCACCUGGUCGCACAUCAGUAAUGCAUCUCGUCCCGCGAGAAACUCUACCUGAACCCAAUUCUCAAGAUCAACGACAAAAAAGUAAAAGUGGACGUAGUAGCUGCUGUUCCAUUUCGUGCGCCAUUCUCUAGAAGGAAGGUUGAAAGGGACAGCAAUGAUUUUGAAUUUCUAUUCAAAUGAUUGUCUUAUCCCUAUUAUUCCUUAAGAAAAUGUUGAAAAUCUGGAAAGUGAAGUUUGCAAUUGCAAGUAUUAGAAAAAAUCUCCACGUGAAAUUUGUAAAAAUUUUGUAAAUACCCAAUCAGCAUGUGACGCGCUGAAGGUCGUUAUUGCGGUUUACAACAGAAGAACUAGGAAUGAUUGAGAUCAAAUUCCAUUUGCCCGUAUGUGUAGUUAAUUUCCAUUCUUUUAUAGUUUUUGUGGGUAAAAUUUCUGUGGAGACCAGAGCAUAAGCCUAAAUCCAUAAAGUAAUUUGGAAUUUCUUUUUCGUUGGAUGGAAUUUACCUUGCCCUUCCUCGUUCUAGUUAUUAAACUUGAAGAAAAGAAAAGACUAGGCGGCUGUAACGUUUCCCCCGUUAUAUUUUAAUUAUUUUGCCCACCCCGUUAAUGAUUUUUGGGUCGCCUCCAAUCCCGUAUUUUAUUUGCAUGUAUUAAAACCCAUCCGUCUAUUCUUUUCCCGCGCCUAUUCGAAUACACAACACAAACUAAA